CUCUCUUCUCAAUAACAACAGAGCAAACUCAAAAACACCAAGCAGCAAUGUCGUCGAUGGAUAAAUCUGGCGUAACACUCGCCGUUGUUCUAUUCAUCGCCUUCAUCUCCGCCGGCGCUGAGGACCCGUAUCUGUACUUCACAUGGACGGUCAGCUACGGCACCAUCUUCCCCUUCGGGGUCCCCCAACAGGUCAUCAUGAUUAAUAACCAGUUCCCCGGCCCCGUCAUCAACUGCACCAGCAACAACAAUAUCGUCGUCAACGUCUUCAACCAACUGGACGAGCCUUUCCUCCUCUCAUGGAACGGCAUCCAGCAGCGCAAGAACUCGUGGCAGGACGGAAUGCCGGGCACCAACUGCCCAAUCCCGCCGGGCCAAAACUUCACCUAUCACUGGCAAGCGAAGGACCAGAUCGGCAGCUUCUAUUACUACCCCAGCAUUGGCAUGCAGAAGGCCGCCGGUGGGUACGGUCCAAUCCGCGUGCACAGUCGCCUUCUCAUACCCGUUCCAUUUGAUCCACCGGCUGAUGAGUUCGACGUGCUAAUCUCCGACUGGUACGGAAUCAGCCACAAGACCCUCACUCGGUUGCUCGACUCCGGCCGCCACCUAACACGCGCUCGCGGCGUGCUUAUCAACGGCGCCGCGUCGGCCAAGCUCGGUGAUGCUCCCAUGUUCUUUCUGGAGGCUGGGAAGGUCUACCGCUUCCGCGUGUGCAACGUCGGGCUGAAGGCUUCGCUCAACUUCAGGAUUCAGGGGCACACGCUAAAGCUAGUAGAGAUCGACGGCAGCCACACUAUGCAAAAUGUUUACGACUCGUUGGACGUCCACGCCGGCCAAUGCUACUCCGUCCUCGUCACAGCCGAUCAAUCGCCGCGCGACUACUUCCUCGUCGCCUCCACCCGGUUUCAAAAAACCGUGCAGACGGCAACUGCUAUCAUCCGCUACCGUGGAAGCAGCGUCCCGGCAACCCCCGACCUCCCUCCGGCACCGACCACCUGGGCUUGGUCGCUCAACCAAUGGCGCUCUUUCCGUUGGAAUCUCACCGCCAGCGCGGCCCGACCCAACCCACAGGGCUCAUACCACUACGGACAGAUCAACAUCACCCGCACCAUCAAGCUCGCCAGCGCCACAUCCGCCGUCGACGGAAAGCUUCGCUUUGUGCUCAACGGCGUGUCUCAUACUGAUCCCACCGUGCCGCUUAAGCUCGCUGAGUAUUUCGGGAUCAAUGGUACUGUUUUCAAGUACAACUUGAUCACCGACGAGCCUCCGGCUAACGGCACGGCGGUGACCAUAGCUCCGAACGUGAUCACGGCGGAGUUCAGGACGUUUAUUGAGAUCAUACUUGAGAACCCGGAGAAGAGCGUGCAGUCCUAUCAUCUAAAUGGUUAUUCCUUCUUCCCUACCGGAAUGGGGCCUGGCUGCUGGACCCCGGAGAGCAGGAAAACGUACAACUUACUUGAUGCUGUGAGCAGGCACACCAUCCAGGUGUAUCCUCGUUCAUGGACGGCGAUCAUGUUGACCUUCGACAAUGCCGGAAUGUGGAACCUGAGGUCGGAGAUUUGGGACCGCCGGUAUCUUGGACAGCAGCUUUACAUCAGCGUUCUGUCGCCGGAGCGGUCUCUCAGGGAUGAAUACAACUUACCUGAGAAUGCUCUCCGUUGUGGCUCUAUUACAGAUCUUCCACUGCCACCGCCUUACUCCUAA